AAAUUAACACAUUAAGGAACUAUACUAAAAUUUGUAUUGAAUUGCUAAAAAUGAAUCGAAAUGUGUCAUGAAUUAGAUUUAAAAAAAAAAAAGAGGAACAAAAAAGAAUAAAGUUGACUGUAUGAAUGGAGCUCUAACAUAUAGUUUUACCCAUAUGUCAAUAACCUUUUACUUUUCGUUGCAUUAGUCCAGCUCCUCCUCAUUUCACCAUCAUUCUUCACAGUAUCUUUCUUGUUUCUUCUUUGAUCUCCUCUAUCCUGUGAUGAAGACUCUGAUCCAUGAAUCCAUCACCACAUCAAAUGAUUUGCUCUACAUUCACCACUCUACCCCAAUGGAUCCAAAGUUUCUAAGCGGUCCUAGUAGUAGUUUCUCAGGCAUUAACAGUCUCGCCGAGAACAAGUCUGCUACAGCAGAACAAGAUGAGGCAGGAGACUACCUAGAUGCGACUCUAAAUUACCUAAGCCAGAUGAUAAUGGAGGAAGAAGACCUGGAGAACCAGCCUUUCAUGCUCAGUGAAUGCAUGGCUCUCCAAGCCACUGAGAAACACUUAUCUGAGGUACUCAAAGGCACCCACAACCAGCCUGACGGUCUCUCCUGGGGUAGUCAUCCUAGUAACUCUUCAUCCGACUCUUUCUUGAGUCCUUUUGAGGGCGGACAUGGUUUAGUAUCUCGGGCAAGCGGAGUGGAGGAGACCGAGAAGGAACGGUC